CGCGGAUCCGUCCCCCGCCAGCCACGACACCGAGCCUGGCGCCGCGGCCGCGCCCGACAGUCCUCGCCCGCCUUCCAGCCUCUGCAGCAGCCCCGGCUCCUUCCCGCCCGACAGCCUGCAAGCCUUCCCCGGCCUCGACUCGCCCAGCAUCCAGUGUGACAGCCUGGAGUGUGCCCCCUGCUCGUGCUGCUGCUGCCGGAGCGCGGGCUCGGCCGGAGCCAGCGAGGACAGCCUGCAGGCCCCUCUCGCCCGGGGCUCCGGCUCACGGUGCUUCGGCGCUCACCGCGCCUCCAGCGACCUCUCCGACAGCCUGGAGUCCUUCAUCCAGCACGACAGCCUCCAGUCGCUCUCUAGCCUGGGGGUGAGCUCCUCCAGUAUCAGCGGUGAUAGCCUUGAAUCCCUUUCCAGCCUGAGUCUGGGGACCACCAGCGAUCUCGAGCUCAUCGGCCACUGAGUCUGCCUUCAGCUUCCCACACAACGCCUUACUGCUGGCUCUGCCAGCUGCCGUGAGAGCUGCCAGGCUUCUGCCCUUCCUUCCAAGGUGUCGUUGUUCCAGGUGAUCCUUGCUGCAUCCAGUGCAAUAACCUCAGACCUUACUGUGGCUGACAUUCUCAAAUAAAGUGAUUCAAAGGGAUAGUGUUCAUUAUUAGCUGCAGCUGUUAAGGCUGAUUUUUUGUCAGCAGUUAAGGAUGGAAGUGCGUGGUCCUCCUAGGAAUCCCAGCUACCUCUCAGAUCUCUAUGAGAACAUGUUAAGGGCUGAAGGAGCAAUGAGACGAGGGCAGCAGCAGCCCCCAGCAGCCCAUACAAGUAGCAACAAGACUUUUCGGAGCAGUGCCCCAGCCAAGGAGAGCCCCCAGCCAAAUAACCAUCCGAACAGCGCCUCCUCCAGCUGUGACCCAGCCCUGAGACCCAUCAUCCGCCGCCGAGCGAGGUCCCUGCCGACAUCACCCGAGAGGAGGAAGAGAGCAGCAGUGCAGUGUCAGAAGCCCAACUUCCAGAGCCGCAUGAACAGGGUCAGGUUUGCUGAUGCUUUAGGCUUGGAGCUCACUGAAGUGAAAGUCUUCCAGACUGGGGAGGAUCCAUCCAUCCCUUUGCACGUCCUGUCCAGGCUCUCCAUAAACUCAGACCUCUGGUACAGCAACUUGAACUUGGAGUUCACUAUGCAAUGUUUGAUCCCUGACUUCCAGCAGCCUGCAGAUUGUCUGGAUUUCUCAUCCCGACUCCAGGAGCAGCAGGUGUGUCUGGAACGGGUGACCAGCUCAGAUUUGGGGCUCAGUGGCACCAUCCAGGUUCGGAAUGUUGCUUUUGAGAAGCAGGUGUCUGUGCGCUACACCUUCAACCAGUGGGAAAGCAUCCAUGAGGUGUGUGCUCGUUGGGACUGCAGCAUCCCAGAGAAAAACGGGCAGGAUCAGGUUGAUGUGUUCACUUUCUUUCUUCCUGUGCCUCCUUUUCUCCUUCAGCUAAGCACUCUUGUCCAGUUUGCAGCAAGGUACCAAGUCAAUGGCCAGGAGUACUGGGAUAACAACAGAGGCAAGAACUACACCCUCAGCUGUCAGACUCACCCCCUGAAGCUGCCAAGGGAAUGUGAGGAGAGCUGGAUCCACUUCAUCUGAACAAAGGGAGUGGUGCCGAGCAGCUGUCAGUGGCCUUGGUGGCAUUCUGUCCCUUGGCAUGGCUCUCUGCUCCUAUGGAAACAGUCUUCUUUUUGAAACCUGCCAAACCUGGCCAAGUGUCCCAGGGCUGAGAAGCAGCCUGUGGGUGACCUGUACAAACUGCUCUAAACCUCUAGGAAAGUUUAAACGGCCAAAAUCUGUAGUGAGAUACUAUCAUAGAAAGGCCAUGUGAGUUUUUUGAGUGCAUGAGUCAUUGCGAAAUGGUUCCCAGGAAUGCUGUGAGGCUACCAGAGAGCAAAACAACAUGUUUCUUGUUGCUAGUGAUACUCUUGCUUGCAUAGAAUGUUUCUAACAGAUCUCUCUUACCAUUUUCUACUGUUUGUUUUCUAAGUGGACAGUGUGGCUUUACUGGUUUUGUUUCUAAUUUUGUUUAUAUUACUUCACCAAAUCAGGGCACUAUUCCAUUUAUGCAUAGUUUGGACGACAGACACUGUAGGGAGUACUUGUAUUUAUAUACAUAUGUUAUUAAGGCUGUAACCACAUUAAAUAUUUCCAAUAUCUGAGUUGGAAAUUAAAUGCUACUGUGAGCAAAAUGUACAUGAAAAUGUGCCAUCAGCCCCUCUGUUUCUUUCACUUGGCAAAAAAAA